CCAACUCCCCCCGCCAGCAGCUAAUAGCUCUCGACUGCUACUCCAUUCCAGUCGUCGUCGAUCCGGCCUCCAUCCAGCGCCUGCAGAUUUAUUAGCUUGCUCGCUUGCUUCGGCAACGGAUCGAUCGCCGAGCGCUGCGGCGCGCUGGUCAUCAGCUGAGGAGGAGGCGUGGGAUCCGAUCCAUCGGGGCAAGCGAGCUCGAAUCGAAUUUGCAUGGUGUGGUGGUAGAUAUAUAUAAUUAAGGUAGAGAGAGAUAUAUAGAUCAGUCAUGGCGAGGUCGUCGUCGGCGAAGAAGAAGCAGCAGAAGCAGCUGUCGGCGUGGCGGUUCCUGUUCGGCGGGUGCCUGAUGGGCGGCGGCGGCGGCGCGGCCGGGAGCGGGGGCAGCAAGGUCCGGCCCGGGCCGCGGCCGACGGCGGCGGCGAAGCAGUCGUCGUCCCCGGCCGGGGGCCUGCUGCAGCAGCGGCUGUCGGUGACGGACGUGAUGAGCACGUGCUCGGACCAGGACCUGUCGCCGACAGCUGAGAAAAUUGAAUCAGCUCUUAAUGAAUUGUUUGGUUGCUAUGUUGAAUCUGUUAAUGCCUCUUCUUCUAGAAAUAGAGGUUCAAAUCAAUAUCUAGUUCACAUCAAUGUAGAUGAGGAGGAUGAAGAGAAUCCUUGGGAUAUGCUAGCAUCUCAAUUUGAGCGACACAUGGAGGAGGUUGAGACGGAACCAAAUGAUUCAGAGUUGUCAAGAUAUCUAGCUGAUAAGCGAGAGAAGAGAACUAAAGAGUUUGACAUUUUAGAUUAUUGGAAAGUGAGCUCGAAUAAGUAUCCUAUACUCUCCCUGUUGGCAAAGGAUGUGCUUGCUGUUCCGGCUUCUACGGUUCCUUCGGAGUCAGCUUUUAGCACGGGUGGACGUAUUAUAGAUCCUCUUCGCUGCAGUUUAUCAACUAGCACGGUGGAAGCUUUGAUUUGCACACAAAGUUGGUUACAGACAUCUCAAAAUAAAGUGAGUGCAAGAGAGGCUGCUGAAGACAUUCAAACUUAUGAGGAGAUUAGAGAAGAAUUUCUUUCAAAGGACUGUGUAGAUAACCAACAACAGAUCGAUACAGAUUUCAUUGAGCUGGACACAUAGCCAUUUGAUGCAAGUAUGAGAGUAUUAUUGGUUAUACUGGUCUAAAGGCAGCUCAGUUUUGUCUAUUUUUGGUUAUGUCAAAUCAUUGUUUGGGCCCUUUGCUAUCAGAAAACGUGAAUUGAGCUGGCAGAUAUCUCACAUAUACGACAUGAACAUAGCCAUGUUUUCUUUCCACACUAGGCUAAAUUCUGUAUAAAUUAAAUUACUGGCAUCUCUGACUAAAUCAGUGUUUUUCCUUGAACUUGGUAUUGUUAUUGUCAAUAUUCCUGAGUUUCUCCACUUGAAAAAUAUUUUAUA